GGGGGCGGCAGGCCGGGGACGCUUUCCUCUCCCCUGUCCGGAGCCAGCAGUGUCAGUGGGAAAUGUUGGUCAACUGGCAAUAGACCUCGUGAUUUCCACACUGGACAUGACUAAAGUUGGCUACUUCUACACUGAUUGCCUUGUGCCAAUGGUUGGGAAUAAUCCAUAUGCAACUGCAGAAGAAAACUCAACGGAGCUGAGUAUAAAUGCUGAAGUGUAUUCAUUACCUUCAAGGAAACUUGUAGUUCUGCAGAUCAGAUCACCUUUUAUAAAGAACAAGUACAGGCCAUUCUGUCAAGCACUGCUUUCUUGGGUGCAAACCAGCAAAUGUGCUAGAGUUAUUCUUCUGUCUAGCAGCCAUGCAUACCAGCGCGAUGAUGAGCAACUUCUUGGAACUCCUCUACGCUACCUACUCACACCUGCUCUUGAGAAAUCGGUGGAAGGCCUUAUGCAAGGGUUAAAAUGGAAAGAAAUGGAAAAAGUAGCAGCUUACCCUGGAAUAAGUGAUACAGAGAAAGUUCUACAUAUACCAGGAGGUGGCAUCACAAAACUAUUGUUUACUGAGUGUUGUUCAGAAGGAAUCCAAAUGGCAGUUCUUCUGAAAUUCUGCUCUGAAGGCGACAAUAUCCCUGAUGCAUUUGCCCUUGUUAACUAUCUUAAUGAAUGGCUCCAGCUAAUUAAAAAUGAAAGCAGCAAUUCUACAGCUAUUUCUUCACAGUGGAAAAUACCCAGUUCUUGGCGCUUACUUUUUGGCAGUGGUCUUCCACCUGCACUCUUCUGAUUAGUGUCGGAUUUUUUGUAAGUCAGCUGUAUACAUGUAACAUCCCUUGAGAAGAUGAUUGCCUAGUAGUUGCCAAGCGGCAGCAUCUUAAUAUCUUGUGUACGUAAAUAUUCUUUAUUUAAGAAGCAAAUUCCUUUUGCAUAUGUGGAUAGCUGAAGAAAUUAGAUUAACUUUCACUUAUUGACCAAAGAAAUAUGUUUUGUACAGUUGUUUAUGGGAAUA